CGCAAAGCGAUCAGUUGCUCAACGCGCUUACCUGUCGAUAGACGUGUUUUCCCCGAAAAAGGAAAAGCCGCGUGCUCGGUCUCGCUCGCUCAAUCUGCGUGUGUGUGUGUUCUGUGAGUGUCUGCUGUUUACGAGCAUGUAAAUGAGUGUGAGUGUAUAUUCAAUUAAUUACAAAGUCGGGGAAGAAGCAGCUAUGUGAAUUGAAUGAAAGAAAGCCAUUUAAAAAGUAUGCAAAAAAGUUGCCUGAUAUGAAAGGCAGGGUGAAAGAAGUUGAAGCAGCAGCGGCAGUGUAAAUGGUGAUUAAUUCACUUUAAGGUGCAAUUAAACGGCAGCAAAAUAAGCAACAACAAUACAGCAGCGACAACAGCAACAACAGCAGGCGAAGCAGCAACAACAGCAGCUACAACAACAGCAAAAGCAGCGCAAGGUGCAGACAAGAUUGGAUGAAUCUCUAACGUCAUGGUAUGAAGGAGCCGACGAACACUUUGGAUGAAAUUGUGCCCAGCAGGCUGACGUCAGCCGAACUGAGGGCGAUGGCAUUGAGACAGCAGCAGCAAAUCGACAGCCAGCACCAGCUGCUGGCCACCAAGGAGCAGCGCCUGCGCUUCCUCAAGUCGCAGGAGGUGCGCAGCGCAGUGGCCAGCGCGGAGGGCGAGCGGCUCCGACGGCUGAGGGAGCGGGUGGAGGCACAGGAGUCCAAGCUGCGCCGCCUGCGAGCGCUGCGGGGUCAAGUGGAUUUGCAGAAGACCUACAAUGUCACACUGAGCAAUGACUUGGACUCGAUUCGAGCGCUGUUUAGCGAGAAGGAGAAGGAGCUCAGUUUGGCAGUGGCCAAGGUGGAGGCAUUGACGCGGCAACUGGAGGAGCUGCGACGUGACCGACGAUGUCCUGUGAAUAUCCUGGCAGCAGCUGGCAACGGAGUUGGUCAGCCGCUUCCUCCUCAGGCAUCCCGCGAACUGGAGAAGCUGCGUCGCGAACUGAUGUACCGCAAUCAGUUGUCGCUUCAGCAGGAUGCACGCCUGCACAUGCAACGUGAGGCACUGCAGCAAAGGCAGGCGGAGCUGCGGUCGGUGGACCAGCGCAUCUACGAGCUGCAGACGCGCCUGCAGCGCAAAAAGCAGGCCAACACCCAUCACCAGCAACAACAGCAGCAGCAGCAGCAGCAGCAUCAGCACCAACAACAUCAGCAGCAGCAGCAACAACAGUCAACAGUGCAACAGCAACAGCAGCAGCAGCAGCAACUCCAUGUGCAGUCUGCACAAUUGCUGGCGGCAGCAGCAGCAGCAACUGCCCAGCAGCAACAACAGCAACAGCAGCAGCAACACCAACAACAGCAGCAGCAACAGCAAACUGCCAGCAAUCUGGGCAAACAUGGUGGGGUGGCCGCCCUGAAGCAGCAACUGCUGCAAAAGCAGGUCAAUCAACUGGCAGCUGCUGCAGCCGCCGCCGCCGCUGGACGAGCCCGGGGCAAUGUGGCAGCCGUGGAACCCUUCAUCCACACGCCUCAGAAGUCCACCAUCACGAGCACGGCCAGCUAUCUGAGUGGCGGCAUGAAGCAUGCAGCGGCCACGGCCAAUACCAACCAGCAGAACCAGCUCAUACAGGACUUGACGCACGUCAAACUGGGACAAAACAGUGGUUUCUUUGCCGGCUCCGUGCCCGUGCCCGUGGCCAGUUCCAGCUGCGAAAGCGAUGAAUCCAAGUUGGCCAAGAAGCUGCUGGCGGCUCCUGCCAAAACGGAGGCUGAAAUGCGCAAGCAGGCGCAAACGGAGGCCAUGGACAGUACCACGCAUAUCUACGCGGAAGUGGGACCCAAGAAACGAGAUCGAGAAGCAGCAGCGGCGGCAGCAGCAGCAGCAGCGACAGCAGCAGCUCAGGCAGCAGCAGAGGCAGCAAAUCAGGCCGCAACUGCAGCAGCAUCCACCACAUCUCCACCCGCCUCCGCAAAUGCCAGCAAGAUUCCCAAAAGCACCUCCUCCAACAGCAGCAGCAGUUCGGCCUCGGCACUGAUAAGCAAACUCAACCAGCAGGCGACGGCGAAGGAGAGCCAGGAUCAGCAGCAAUCCCAGGCCAAGAAGAACGAGAUUUCGGUGACCAGCGAAACCCUAUCCGAGCGCAACACCCAGCAACAACUUACCGUGCACAGCAUGCCUCUGGGGGCCAUAAGUAAAUCAGUGGCCCUCGCCGUUUCCAAUGCCUCCAAGCCGCUGCAGGUGCAGGUGAGCAACCUGGCCGUGCCGCCACGCAAGCCCAUCAGCAGUGUGGCGCCCACCUCGGUGUCCAGCGGCAGCUCCAUACCCAAAAUGAUCACCUACAGCCCCAAGGUGAAUCGCGUGGCGCCCAAUGUGGUGGUGAUGACGGAUCCCCGACCAGCCCUGCCGCCCAAGCCCAGCAAGAUGUCGCCCACAGAGCAGCCAUCGCCCGUGGAGGCCAAUGCGGCAGGAUCCACAGGUGGAGCAGGAAGCGGAGGAGCAUCGGCAUCGACUGCAAACAAGACGCAAACGGCGACCUUUGGGCUGCAGUCCCUGAACAUCAACGACAAUUUGCCCAUCAAGGCGAAGCCACUGACCAUCCGCAAGCAGCCGCUGUUCGAGCAACCUCGCCUUAAGUCCAGCCAAGCCAGUUCCAAUGGCCAACAAAAGCCGCCUCUGCUGCAGUUGCAAAACCAGCGGAAAUCCGAGCCUUCGCUUAGGCAGCCAACGGAGAACGGGAUGCCGGACACAUCCCCGCAACAUUCGCCAAGCAGUGAGUCCAGCGCGGAUGAAACGGAUCGAAUGGUGGCCCCCAGUAUCACGAGCAGUCAACAGGAGACAUCAACAUCCGCAUCAGCCACGACGACAACCGCGACAACCAGCAACAUCAAGGAGCGAACGGGAAACGGCAAACCCAAGCUGGGUAGAAGGGUGAGCUUUGAUCCACUGGCCCUGCUGCUGGACGCCAGUCUGGAAGGCGAACUGGAACUGGUCAAGAAGACGGCCAUGCAAGUGGCCAAUCCCAGUGCCGCCAACGAUGAGGGGAUUACAGCGCUCCACAAUGCCAUCUGUGCCGGCCACUUUGACAUUGUCAAAUUCCUUGUUGAGUUUGGCUGCGAUGUGAAUGCCCAGGACUCGGAUGGCUGGACGCCAUUGCAUUGUGCCGCCAGCUGCAACAAUCUAUCCAUGGUGAAGUUCCUGGUGGAGAGUGGCGCCUGCCUGUUUGCCUCCACACUGUCGGAUCACGAGACGCCGGCGGAAAAGUGCGAGGAGGAUGAGGAAGGAUUCGAUGGCUGCUCCGAGUACUUAUACAGCAUUCAGGAGAAGCUGGGCAUCCUGCACAGUGGCGACGUCUACGCCGUGUUCUCCUACGAGGCCCAGAACGGAGACGAGCUCUCCUUCCACGUCAACGAGCCACUGAUCGUGCUGCGCAAGGGCGACGAUGCCGAGAACGAGUGGUGGUGGGCACGGAAUGCCGCCGGCGAGGAGGGCUACGUGCCCCGCAAUCUCCUGGGGCUGUAUCCGCGUGUGCCGCCGCAUUCGCCGCACUUCAGCGAUUAGCAGUUAAUACGAUUCACCAUACUGAAGCGCAAGGCCGGCCGACUCAUCCAGAAGCGCUAUAUAUCCAAGUAUAUCUAGGGACCGAGGCAUCUAGACGAUACCCAUUCUGGGCACGUACCACCGCCACCGCAGGAGUCAUCGGGGAAUUAUUUAUCACGGCCCCAUGUUUCUUUAUGUUUACUUUUUGUUUGGGAAAAGCAACACAAAAGGACGACGAGGGAGGAUGGAGGAGGGAGGAGCAGAACGAGGCUCACCAUAUGCUCAUCCAUAUGGAAUGGAACCGACUGCAGCAGCAGCAGCAGCAGCAGCAGGAGCAGCAGCUUCCGCCUGAGUCAUUUAUCCCGACGACUGCCCUCAAUUAGCCAGGCUUUCGCACAAAGUUCAGCACACCCACACACAUAUCAGCCACACAUAUCAGCCACACAACACCACCAUACCACCAUACCACUAUACCACCAUGCCACCCACGAGCAUAUCGCCCACCACCCCCUGCAUACGUACAACCGCAAAUUGAAUUUCACUUAAGCUCCUUAGCUUUAAGGCCUAGACUAAUAACUCAUAUCAGCCGCCUGCUCGCCACAAAAACUUCACCUUCAAGUCUCUGCAGAAAAAGUUCUCAUUGCUAAAGUGGAAAAUGAAAAAUGGAAAAUUAGAAAUUUUAUAUUCCUCAAAGGCUGCACGCACACACAGCAUGUUUGAUCAACGGAUAGCUGAAGGAGCAGGAGUUUGUUAAUUGCAUAUAUCAAGUUAGUACUUAAACUUUAAUUGAACUCGAACAAGUUCUCGCUAAUCGUCGAAAGGCAACAUUUUAGCACUUAUGCAUAACAAAACUCGCACACACACACAAGAAGUGAAUACAUAACGAAUCGAAUGUGAUUUUUGUAUAAAGACGCGACGAUAAUUUAAACAAUUUAUAUCGAAUAUGGAAAUGUAAAUUACAUUAGGCGGAAGAUUCGUUGACAAGUAAUCACAUUAUAGGCUAAACGUUAUAAUUUAACCUAAUCUAAUUACACUUAAUAAACCGAUUGCUUAAUACUUAGCGUUUAAGGACCAAAACACAUGGAAAUGCAAAUACGUUUGAAAGAUGAAAAUAAAAACGAUUAAGAAAGCUUA